AUGUACAUGGUCACUGUGUUUGGAAACCUGCUCAUCAUCCUGGCUGUCAGCUCAGACUCCCACCUCCACACACCCAUGUACUUCUUCCUCUCCAACCUGUCCUUGGUGGACAUCUGUUUCACCUCCACCACCAUCCCGAAGAUGCUACGGAACAUCCAUACACAGAGCAGAGUCAUCACCUAUGAAGGCUGCAUCACACAGAUGUAUUUUUUCAUAGUUUUUGCUGGGUUGGACAAUUUAAUCCUGACUGUGAUGGCCUAUGACCGGUUUGUGGCCAUCUGCCACCCCCUGCACUACAUGGUCAUCAUGAACCCCCGGCUCUGUGGACUGCUGGUUCUGGUGUGCUGGAUCAUGAUUGUCUCCUUAUUUUAUGGUUCGAGCCUAGGAGUGUAUCUCAGCUCUGCUGCUCCCCAAAAUGCACAUUUGAGUACAACAGCCUCGGUUUUGUACACUGUGGUCACACCCAUGCUGAACCCCUUCAUCUACAGUCUCAGGAACAAUGACAUAAAGAGGGCCCUGGAAAGAUUCCUUGGCAGGUAAGCUUUUCAAGGACCAAUUGUACCAACCUGAAGAAGUGCUCAUGAAUGCAGGCUUCAAA